GCAUCAGAUGUUCGAAGGAUUCCGAGGAUGGUCGCUGCAGACGUACGGAGACAGCGGCAAGACGAAGACGGUGACGCAACGCAAGCACGACCGCAUCGUGAGGACGCUAGCCGGAGAGGACGCGACGAACGAGAACUCAAAGUUUCGCUUCUGGGUGAAGGCGAAGGGUUUCAAGAUGGACUCCAAUCCUGACGAGCCGAGCGAGAGCGUGCUGUUCGUGCCCACCAAGAAUCUGACGGCUGAAGACAAUGACGACGGCGCAGAGAGGGGCUACAAGCGGGUCGCUGUGGUCGAAGACUUUCUGGAUAUUAUAUACGAUGUUCAUGUGGGCACGGACGGCCGAGGAGGCAAGCAUGCUGGCCAGAAGCGCACCUACAAAGCGAUCGCCGAGCGUUACGCUUUCCUGCCGCGAGAGGCCGUCACCCGCUUCCUCAUGUCUUGCGAGGACUGCCAGAAGCGCAUGCAUGGCGCAGGAUCAGGCUCGGAGAACGGCGAGGCCCGCGACUCUCCCGUGCGCAAGCGGCCCGAGUCGCCGGCGAUAGACUUCAGCAUACCGAUCACGACCACCUACCUGAACCACAUGCGCAGCCUCGGAUACAACGAGGACGAAAUCUUCUCGAAGGAAAGUGCGUCGAGUCCAGAGAGCACGGAGGAUAAAGAUCAACCGACGGAUCUCAGUAAGAUUGCCGAGACUAACGGCAUCAAAGAGGAAGAGUCAAAGUUCGCAGAUCGCUUUGCGGGCGGGGUGCCGUGCGCGUCGCCCGAGGGAGAGGAAACCGCCAACGGAGAGGAGGAGCCGGAAGAAGACGAGACCGAGCCCCCGGAGACGCCGCCGACGACGGCAACAGUGGCGACGACGACGACAACGACAGAGUCGCCGCCUAUCGUGAAGACAAUCAAGCUCGAACUGCAGGACGAGCCGAUGGACAUGAGUCAGAAGUCGGGGCAGAGUGGCAGCGCGACGACGAGCGCGGCGUCGGCAGCCUGGCCGCAGUCUUUCACGAAAUUCAGCUCUGCUCAAGUCGACACGACCGACGUCAGCAGUCACAUGAUACAGCUGGCGGCGCUUGCGCAGAACGAGCGCAAGCGGCGACACAGCGACGUGGACAGCACAGAGACGUCCUCUAACGAGCUGAACUCAGAGAACCAGGGAGAUGGUCCCGAGGAUUUGUCCGUCAAGGACAAAGAGGAGGAUGACGACGACGAUGACGAUGACGAUAAGAUAGCCGUCAAUCAAGGCAUGGACCCGGAACGGCUCAAGGCAUUCAACAUGUUUGUGCGCCUUUUUGUGGAUGAGAACCUUGACAGAAUGGUGCCAAUCUCUAAGCAGCCGAAAGAGAAAAUUCAAGCGAUUAUCGAGUCCUGUAAUCGACAGUUCCCCGAGCUGCAAGAGCGGUCACGAAAGCGCAUCCGCACAUAUCUUAAGUCGUGUCGGCGAAUGAAACGAGCGAAAGAGAAUGGAUGGGACUCGGUCAGGCUGACGUUACAAACGCGCCCGACUCCUCCGCCAUUCUCACGUCUGCCGCAGCCGAAUUUGCCCUCGCUGCCUGCCUGGGGCCCUGGCACCUACCCUGAUGCGAUAUCGCAUCGUGACAUUUGGGUUGGCUGCAAAGGCACCAGCGCGUCCGACACUCGCCGAAGUUACGUCACGCGUCACUGCGUCGCCGCCUCCGUCACCGCCGCCUCCGUAACCACCGACUCCGUAACCACCGACUCCGUCACCGUCUCCGUCACCGUCUUCGUCAUCGCCGCCUCCGUAACCGCCGCCUCCGUUACCGCCUCCGUCACCGCCGCCUCCGUCACCACCUCCGUCACCGCCGCCUCCGUCACCACCUCCGUCACCGCCGCCUCCGUCACCACCUCCGUCACCGCCGCCUCCGUUACCGCCUCCGUCACCGCCGCCUCCGUCACCACCGUGUCCGUCACCGUCUCCGUCACCACCGUGUCCGUCACCGUCUCCGUCACCGUCUCCGUCACCGCGUCCGUCACUACCUCCGUCACUGCCGUCACCGCCGCCGCUGCGUCCGUCACCGCCUCCGUCACCGCGUCCGUCACCGACGCCGCCUCUGUUACCGCCACCGACACCUCCGUCACCGCCUCAGUCACCGUCUCCGUCACCGCCUCCUCCGCCGCCGUCACCGCCUCAGUCACCGUCUGCGUCACCGCCUCCGCCACCGCCACCUCCGUCACCGCCUCCGUCACCGUCUGCGUCACCGCCUCCGCCACCGCCACCUCCGUCACCGCCUCCGUCACCGUCACCGUCACCGCCUCCAGGAUGGACGCUGGCGUGGAGCGAACCCCCGAGCCGCGGAUACAGGCGCCGCCCCCGCAGCCGCCGCCGCCUCCGCCCCCGCCCACCACGCUAGACAGCUUCCUGCGCAGCCAGGCGGUCGCCUUCCAGGCGGUGCGACCUGACCACUCGCACCUGUUUGCGAACGGCAACGGGCUGUUCAGACCCGGGUUCCCCAGCUAUCAGCCGGCGGCGCUGCACCACACACAGCCACCGCUGAUCCAGCACGCGCAGCCGCUCAUCAACGGUCCAACCGAUCUCAGCAUCAAGGCGAAAGGCAUGAAGUCGCAGCUGACGCCGAGCGAGGUGCAGGCCGUCAAGCAGCUGAUAGCCGGAUACAGAGAGUCGGCUGCCUUCCUCUACCGGUCCGCCGACGAGCUUGAGCAGCUACUCCUUCAGCACAACUAGGUGGCAGCACGGGCGUCUCGCGAAGAGCCGCCGUCGCCGCAUCAGUGGGAUUCCGACGUCGGGGUCUUCUACAUGCCAGUCGUGUGCGUGCGCGCGCGCGCGCGUGUGUGUGUACAGAUGUUAUCUAUGUGUCUGUGGUGUGUG